AGCAGUGGGAUACACAGUGUGUCGUGUGUCUGUGUGUAACUCCCCUGUUUGCAGGGACCUACGUUUACUGAAGGGGUUCUAGCUGCUACCUUCAGAUUAUCUGUGAGACUGAAAAUGAAAGUAGAAUAUUUCGCUACUAAGGAGAGGACGCUGCAGCUAUUAGAGACGAGGUGGGAAUGAAAGUGCUGUCCCAUCGGCCUUGCACCUCCCCCUGAUGUCAGAGAUGUUUUAUCACACUUAGAUCUAGCAUCAACCCUGAUAGUACAGGGGCCACAGACCUCACAUCAACAUGAGACCCCCAGAUAUCAUCUAUAUUGUCGCAUUAUUCCUGACAGGGGCAGUGGCGCUGUUGGUCUCUAUGAAUAAACCAGUUAUCAGAGCACUGCGAGAGGACAAUGUGACCAUACCCUGUAAUAUCUCUGAUGUUGGACCCAAUAGAACUAUCGCAGUGUACUGGACCAGGAUAUGGAAUGGGAGCAGACAUGACGUGUAUCAUUACGCACCAAACCAAACAGUAUUCAGAGCCGGAUCUUACGUGGUGGAGAUUGAGAUAUACAAAGGAAACGCUGAGCUCCACCUCCCGCGUGUCCAGUUCUCUGAUGAAGGAGAAUAUACCUGCACUGUUAUAGUCACCCCUAAUUCAGUGGAAGGGAAAGCUUCUCUGCAGGUGUCAGCUCGUCCAUCUGCUUCGCUGACCCCAGGAGAUAUCAGCGUCCUGCUGGGAACAGAGAGAUCAGUCAUGUGUGAGGCCACCAAUUUCUACCCCCAGCCUGUGACCAUACGCUGGUUCCGACACAAUAAAGGCUCCCCUGGCUGCGUGGCCUUGGAUCGGGGAAUCUGCAACACUGACCCAGUUACUAAUGGAGAUGACACGUUUAAUGUUACCAGCCACCUGACGUUACAUCCUACAUCUAUGGACGAUGAUGGGAAUAAAUAUUCGUGUAUCGUGUCUCACAGGUCUCGGAAGAGUGACCUAGUGAGGACUUUUACUCUGACAGUGACAGAGCAAGAAGAUAUCACUGGUGCAGUUGCUGGAGCUGUGAUUGGGACACUUAUCUUUUCGUUACUUCUGGUCUCAGCCGUGGUAUUGUACAUGAAAGUGUUUCAGAACGGGCCACCCAGACUUUCUGAGAUUUUGGGAAAUGAGCAGAUGAUUGACAUGGCCAGGACGACCCUUACCUGUCAGAUCACGGGCUUCAGGCCCAAUGACAUUAAAAUCUCUGUACAUCUGAGACGAGGAGAGAUGAUAAGUGUUCUCCACACCUGGAAAUCCGGAGACCCCAUUCCCCCAGCCCGCAUGACGAGAGAUGACAGCACUGGGGGUGACCGUGUGGUUAUUGGUGUGGAGGAACAGCAGGGGCUGAUUAAUGGGGCUGCAAAUCACCAGGAGAGACCCCUACAGCUAGAACUGGUUCCUGUUAUAAAGACCAGCAGACUUGGUACUUCCAGCUGUCAGUGUUCUAUUCAUAUAACCCCCAGCUUUGCUGAUAACGGAGCAGAACUGUCUGUACAUGUAGAGCACUUGGCUCUGAGGUCACCGAUCUCUGUACGGAGAACACUGAACGUCAUUGGAGUGGCUCCCAAACUGUUAACAAUAAUGGCUCCUGAUCGACUGACGCAUUAUGAGACGGUGACGCUGACUUGUCCCAUUAAUGGAUAUAAACCCAGAGCUCUGUCUGUCACUUGGCUGAGGAAGGAUCAGAACCAGGAAACAGAACUUGUAACGCGGGAUGGUACAGGAACCAGGAUUCUGGAUAACAGAUACUCACACACUGCGCAGGAGAUUGAGCACGAUAAUAAAUCUUACAGCUGUAUAAGUGCUUUAAGGAUUAAACCAAAUGUGAAUGAAGAUCAAGGAGUGAAAUAUAUUUGUAGAACCCAUCACCCUGCCACAGCGCAUAGAGCAGAGCAAGUACUGGAUAUGGAGGUUACCGCUCGUCCUGUGCUGGAUACAAUACAGAGGACACAGAACUCUCUCUCUGUCGGUGACCAGAUGGAUCUGUCAUGUAGAAUUCAUUCAUUUUCCCCAUCACAGAUCACAGUUACAUGGUACAUGGAAGAUGAGACUGUGAUACCCUCACACACCAGUAACGUCCUCACUGAACCAAAUGGCCUGUUUUAUGUCACCAGUACUAUGGAAUUCCACCCGACAAUAAAGGAUGCGGGGAAGAGGUUCAGGUGUGAAGUUCUACAUGACAGUCUUGUAGAGCCUAGAAGUAUCACAUAUACAUUGUGUGACCUGAGAGUCCCUGACGCUGUAGCUGGAAGCAGAAAUACAUCACAGAGACCAAGCGAUGAAAAUAAAUCUUUUAACAUAAGAGGAAUUGAGUGCCUGACGGACAGUUCCCGAGGGGGCGAUGAUGUCACAACGUUGAUGCAGAUGAUUGCGAGUUCUGCAGAUGAUUAUGAGUUCUCCUGAUAUAACGGAGUAUUUCCUAUUGAGGGUAACGCAGAAAACGGAGACCUGGAGGACGGUUCUGGCAGCUUCUCCACAGUCACAUUCACAGCGGAGGAAUCGGACAGGAGCUGUACAAUCAGAUGUGAGACCUGUUAUAACUAUCAGACAAUCGAGGAAACUUUCUAUGACUGAGGGACCAGGAGAAGAUCUGAUGGGAGAUAUCAUUUCUAUACAAUGCUCUGUAUUACCGGUGGAAUCUCAUUAAAGGAUAGAGAGUACACGGAUCA